AUGUGCAUCUUGACGGCGUCUCUUGAAACACUAAGCGAGGAUCUGGAGCCGCUGGGCUUGUGUGUCUCCUGGGCCAAGAUGAAGAUCCAGGUCUUCGGUGAUGCUUUGGACGCUGCCAUAAAGUGCUGUCGAGUGACUAGUGAGAAGGUCAAAGUCAUCGAGAUGUUCACUUACCUCAGCAGUGUGGUUCAUGGCUCCACGUCAUGCGAAGCAGAGGUCAGUCGUCGACUUGGCCUCAUGUAUGGAGCCAUGAACUCACUGGACAAGACUUUAUGGCAUUCCCAGUAUCUGAACAGAAAGACUAAGGUUCGCAUCUUCAGCUCCCUAGUCAUGCCUGUCCUUCUUUAUUCUUGUGAAGCUUGGAUGCUGACUGUGGGGCUAAGGAGGCGACUUAACACAUUUGUGUGCAACUCUCUCCUUAAGAUCUUGGGCAUCCGAUGGCGAGACCGAGUGUUGAAUCAGAGGGUGUCAUCUUCCAGAUCCGCUUUUUUGCCAGGCGAGCCAGUCGGAGCAGGGGGAACCGAGAGCCGUCUCGACAGCCCAGAGGUGGAUGGCGUGAGAGGUGCGAGCCCUGUCCCGAGUGGGCCUCUCCCAGUCAAAAUGGACCUUCUGGAGGUCAAUGGCAGGCCGGACUCUCCACAAGCCCCAUUCAACAGCGACACAUCAAGGAGGCCAGGAGGUGUGACAAUCCCAGUCUACUGUGUAGUGGAAUAUGCCGACAUGGGCGUGGCCAGUAAUGGCGAAGGACACGGUCACUGCCAUGCAGAAUUCGUGCUGAUCCGGAAAGACAUUCCGUUUGCACAACUGGUGGAGACCGCGUUGAUAUCGCUGGGGUACUCGCAGGGCUCAGCCGUACAGGCCCGAGGUAUCAUCAAAGUAGGCCAGUGGAAACCGAUGCCCAUCCAGAACCUAACAGAUGCUCCAGAAGCCACUGUGGCUGAUAUGCUGUUGGAUGUUUACCAUAUGGUCACGCUUCGAAUUCUGCUGCACAGGUCUGCCCCUCCGGAGAGUAUUUGUAUUUGUAUAUGUUUUUUUGCACAGAUGGAAGAGCUUCCCGCUGAUCAGUGGACGCACAGCACAGUGAAGAAAGCCCUAAAAGAGUUGCUAAGAGAAUCCAGUCAGAACGCUCUGGCCAAGGAUUGUCCGCUCUCCCAGAAUACAAUCUCCGCUAUCAUCAACAAUUCACAUUACGCCAAUGUCUCCAACUCCAAAUGCCAGGAAUUCGGACGCUGGUACAAACGUCACAAAUGCAACCAAGUGGAGCGAGACUGGGAGCCAAGUAUCGUCAACAAGCGUCUUCCUUCUCAAUUACCCUACAUGGGUGGCCCUAGAACCAUCAAAAGCCACCCAAUGGACCAGCAGGACCACACCCUGCCACACGAUAUCAACCCUUCCCCCAGCCCCCCUUUAGGGGCUCCAUCUCAUCUGGCACACAGUGGUCUCCUGCCUCCGCAGCUCAUGCGCCAUCAGCUCGCAGUGGCGCACUUCAUCAACCAGCAACUGGCCGUCAACCGCCUGCUUUCGCAGCAGCCCUCUGGCCCCAGACCUUACAUCAAUCACCCGCCCAUUUCACGGAUGUGCAAAGAUCCAGCGGAGCCCGGCACCACGUAUUCAGGAGUUGAAGUGUGUUCUGACAUCUACCACCGAGUUCGGAUCGAGCUAAAGAGAGCCAGUGUCUCUCAAGCUGUCUUUGCUCGAGUAGCUUUUAACCGGACGCAGGGCUUGCUAUCAGAGAUCCUGCGCAAGGAGGAAGAUCCCCGCUCAGCCUCACAGUCACUCCUGGUAAACCUAAAGGCCAUGCAGGGUUUUCUACGUCUACCGGAAGGAGAACGAGAUCGCAUCUACCAGGAGGAGCGAGAGAGGAAUACCCAAACAAACAACAACCACAUCUCCAAUGGCAGUGCUCACAGACACAUGCUGACCAAGUCAAACGUUGAGACUACACAGACACCAGAUUCCCACGGAAUCAUCACGUCGAGGAUCUACGAGGAAAUCCAGCAGGAGAUGAAAAGGGCGAAGGUCUCCCAGAGUCUGUUUGCCAAAGUCUCCGCCAACAAAAGCCAAGGUUGGUUGUGUGAGCUACUCAGAUGGAAAGAAAACCCGAGCCAGGAGAACCGUACACUGUGGGAGAACCUGUGCACAAUCCGCAGAUUUCUUUCCAUCCCCCAGGCCCAACGAGAUCGCGUUUAUGAAGAAGAGGCGAGGCAUCCGCACAUCGAGAAGCUCCCACCUGGCCAACACAUCCCUGAACAGCAGGCACCACCCUUUCCACCUUUGAGGGCUAUAUCCCCUUUUCACGUAGACCCACAGCUCAUCACAUUACCUCUCCUCUGUGGUUCAGAGAGCGGCUCUGAUCACAGAAUGAGCCCUAGCCUCGGAGAACCAAAAAAGGCCCGUUCACGAACCCGAAUUUCCUUGGAAGCUUUGGGGAUCCUGCAGAGCUUCAUUGGUGACGUAGGGCUCUACCCUGACCAGGAGGCCAUUCACACCUUGUCAGCUCAACUGGACCUGCCCAAGCACACUAUUGUCAAGUUCUUCCAGAACCAGCGGUACAACUAUAAGCAUCAUAAUUCCAAGGAGUCUGGUCCUAAGGAGGACAAUCAGGAGUCUCUCUCCGAGCUGGGACAAGAAGAAGAACGAUUCUGCGUGUCUCUGGACUCUGGUGAAGAUGCAGAUGCAACUGAGAGAGAGACAGAAAUGGAUCUGGAUGAGAGAGAUGAUGGGAAAGCCUCAGCAAUGGCGACAUCAUCCUUGUCUCCAUUUAGUAGUCUAGAUAGCCCAAGUUCUACGGGACAGCAGAGAUAA